GAGAAAAUAUACCUCUUUCCAUUGCAGUGUGGCCAGUGGUGUUGGGAAAAACAUCGCUGUUUUGAAAACAUCUCUAUUAUUCGUACUUGCUGUUCGUAAUUCGUGUUAUAGGAAACAAUAACAAGUUGACUGUGCGCCCAUAAGCAGCGACCUGCAAGAGCCACUGAAUAAUUAAAAUAUAGUGCGAAUAAGUGCAAUCAUUUUGUGUGUGUGUCAUUCCAGCUGGCCAAUUGGGUGCUAAUAAUAAGCAAAGGCGAAACGCGGCGACGCCAUUGAUUUUCUCCGAUUUCGAAGAAAGUGGAAACUAAAAGAUCCUUGAAUCUCUGUGUCACUCAGCUAGUGUUUUCGAGAAAUCAUUAAAACUGCCGCUCCAAAACAUUCGCUGCGAUGGCCACCUCAUCGAUACUCGCCAAAAGCACAAUUAACAGCACAUCGCCCCCGACCACGCCCUCCAGGUCCAGCACCAGCACCACAUCCGUCUCCACAUUGACCACUCGCAAGCGUUCCUACGAGACAGCCAUCGAUAUGCCCUCCACCGCCACCGGGACAUCGGAUCAGCGCACAACUAGUCCUACUCUGGGCCAGAAUGGCAAGUCCAAGUCAAAGUCUGGACUCGUUGAAAGUGUUAUUGUGAUAAACGAAAACGCUAGCGCAUUCACCGCAUCGGCCACCACUUUACGGGACAGUACUCGCACCAUUUCACAGAGCGACAUUGAUGAUGGUGGUGAGGCGGCUGCCGCUGAGGACUUGCUGCCCACCAAUACCAACACAUCGACGGCAACGUGCACGGAGGACUACCUCAGCGGCGGUAAGCGCAAGUAUGUGCCACACACAGAACCCGCGCUAGCCACUGGCCCCUCAACCUCGCAGCCACAACAGUUCUAUAAUGGUAGCGGAGCUUCCGACUUCGCAACCAUUUGCAAACCGGCUCCCUAUUCCCAUGACGAAGAAGCUAUUUUGGAGCGCGAAAGAUGCGACUACACUCAGAGAAUCACCUACCAGAUGGCCCGUUCGGGUCAGACAAGUCGCCGGGUUAGGGUCUACGCCGAUGGCAUCUACGAUCUGUUCCACCAGGGCCAUGCCAGGCAGCUGAUGCAGGCCAAGAACAUAUUUCCCAACGUGUAUUUAAUAGUGGGUGUCUGCAACGAUGAGCUGACCCACCGAAUGAAGGGACGCACCGUGAUGAAUGGUUUCGAGCGGUACGAGGGCGUGCGUCACUGUCGCUAUGUGGAUGAGAUUGUUCAAAACGCUCCGUGGACACUGUCGGACGAGUUCAUUGCCGACAAUAAGAUUGAUUUCGUGGCCCACGACGACAUUCCCUACGGUACCGAUGGAAUGGAUGACAUAUAUGCUCCACUCAAAGCACGAGGCAUGUUUGUGGCCACGGAGCGAACCGAAGGCGUGUCCACCUCAGAUAUUGUGGCCAGAAUCGUCAAGGACUACGAUCUCUAUGUGCGCAGGAACCUCGCGCGCGGCUAUUCCGCCAAGGAGUUGAAUGUUUCGUUCCUCUCCGAGAAGAAGUUCCGUCUCCAGAACAAAAUGGAUGAGCUGAAGUCGCGGGGAAAGCGCGAGCUGACCAAAGUCAAGGUGGACAUUAUCACCAAGUGGGAGGAGAAGUCGCGCGAAUUUAUUGACCAUUUCCUGUUGCUGUUCGGACGCGAGAACCUCAACCAUCUGUGGAACGAGUCGAAGGGAAAACUGCUGCAGGCCCUCAGUCCACCCGGAAGUCCAUCCAGAUCCGUGAUGGGAGAUGACACCGAGGAUGGGGAUGACUACAGUGGAUCCAUCGACGAGUACUUGGAUCUGGCCGAGAAGUUUAGUUCAGGCAGCGGUAGCAGUGGUUCCCUCAACGGAAAACAGAAGCAGAAUCGAUCGUCGCUAGCACGUCGCAGCUACCAAAGCCGUUCACCGGACGAGGAUGCCGACGGCGAGGACGAGGCGGUGGAGUUUGAGCGACAAAGUAAUUGAUUUUAGUAACCAUGGCGGGAGUAACCAGUCCCGAGCUUUUCACCUCCAAAUGUCUACUGAUGCUACUGUAAAAGUGACUCUUGUUUCAAAUAGUUCGACGGCACACCCUAGAUGCCCUAGGAUUCUAUUCUAUUCUAGCUCUAAAUGGUAUUUGUAAUCCACUAGAUUUAGUUGGCACUUGCGUUCCAUUCUACCUACUCGCAAUCCUUUCCCUUUCAUCGUUUGCCCCACUUCCUCCACCUCAGAUCCACCAAUCCUGUACCUAAAUUGGCAAAAAAAAAAAAGACUUGUUUUUUUUGUAUUAGGCGCCGCGAUAGCGAAAGCGGAAUGAGGAUGUAUCUAGAAAUAUUUAUAUUAAAUUAUUUCGCAUAACAUUAAACUAUAAGUUAACACAAUCACAACAACAACAACAA